AUGACCGGCUCCGCGGCCGACACUCAGCGCUGCCCCCACCCCAAAAACGCCAAAGGCACCCGAUCCCGGAGCAGCCACGCGCGGCCCGUGAGCCUGGCCACCAGCGGGGGUUCCGAGGAGGAGGACAAAGACGGUGGGGUGCUGUUUCACGUUAACAAGAGCGGCUUCCCCAUCGACAGCCACACCUGGGAGCGCAUGUGGAUGCACGUGGCCAAGGUGCACCCCAAGGGGGGAGAGAUGGUGGGCGCCAUCAGGAACGCCGCCUUCUUGGCAAAGCCUUCCAUACCCCAGGUUCCAAACUACAGACUAUCAAUGACCAUCCCAGAUUGGCUCCAGGCAAUCCAGAAUUACAUGAAGACUCUACAAUACAAUCAUACGGGGACCCAGUUCUUUGAAAUUAGGAAAAUGAGACCGCUUAGUGGGUUAAUGGAAACAGCAAAAGAAAUGACCCGUGAAUCAUUGCCUAUCAAAUGCCUUGAGGCUGUCAUCCUGGGCAUAUACUUAACCAAUGGACAGCCUUCCAUCGAGCGAUUCCCCAUCAGCUUUAAAACCUACUUCUCAGGAAACUACUUUCACCAUGUUGUGCUGGGAAUUUAUUGUAAUGGCCACUAUGGCUCACUGGGCAUGAGCCGAAGGGCUGAGCUGAUGGACAAGCCAUUGACCUUUCGGACUCUGAGUGACCUUGUCUUUGACUUUGAAGACUCCUACAAGAAAUACCUGCACACAGUCAAGAAGGUCAAGAUUGGGCUUUAUGUCCCCCAUGAGCCUCAUAGCUUCCAACCUAUUGAGUGGAAGCAGCUUGUCCUCAAUGUCUCAAAGAUGUUGAGGGCUGACAUCAAGAAGGAGUUGGAGAAAUAUGCCAGGGAUAUGAGAAUGAAGAUCUUGAAACCUGCAAGUGCCCACUCACCGACCCAAGUGAGAAGCCGGGGAAAAUCCCUGUCCCCUCGGAGGAGACAAGCAAGCCCCUCAAGAAGGCUUGGCAGACGAGACAAGUCGCCUGCUCUGCCUGAAAAGAAGAUGGCUGACCUCAGUACUCUGAAUGAAGUGGGCUAUCAAAUCCGAAUCUAGUAGCCAAGCCAUACUGGCCAGCAAGAGUUUCUGUGGUGCUUUUUUCUGCACUUUACCCAGCAUCUUCAGGAGGAACUGCAAUUAUUUAUUAAGAGCUUGGGGAUUUUAUUUUUAAGGAUUCACCUAGAAACAGAAUCUGAGUGAAUGGGGACACGAUUAGCUUUAAACAAAACAAACUCCUGAAGAGGUGACCACGAUAAGGCUAAAGUCAUCAGCCCCACGGGGCUGCACUGUUUCCUUCACUCCAGAUCUCAAGGAUAAUAAGCAUUAACUUUUUAGUUUUUUAUUUUCCCAUUUGCCUACUUUUACUUGCUCUGGAUAUUAUGCUUCACCAGUAGUCAAUGUUCAUAAACUUCUCUCCCUUUUUUGGUAUAGUAAGGUAACUCAGUCAGUAUUACCUUCUUUUUCAGCAAUAAUGGAAGCAAAGAUGGGUGGUUUUUUUUUUUUUAAAGCAGUUAAUAAUAUUACCUCAGCAUUUUUUUACAUCAGAUAUGCAAAUUUAAUGGCAUUUUGGUUUUUUAUAUUCUAUUUGUAUUGUUUCCCCAGUAUUUCCCAUGGGGAAUCUCCAUUGCUUGGGAGUUUUUUUUCCUGAUGCACGUGAUGAGAGUUAGGUAUUAUAUGCAAGUGUUUUACUAAAAAGCACUGAAAUUCUUUUGGCAAUACGGGACCCAUUUUUAGGAUCUUAUAGUCUUUUUUACAGUAUUCACUGACAGCAGUUUUUUUGUUCGUUCAAAACAAAACAAGCACUUCAGACAUUAGUCUACAUUCUGUCAUUACGUUUAAACUUUGGUGGAGUCUUAGCUAGCUAAAAGCACAGGAGGCCAUGCCCUUCUUAGUUAGCAGGAUAUUAUCUGUCAGUCAGUCAGAGAGGCAGACACCAGGAACAAGGCAACAAGUUGUAAGAAGUAGAUAACUUUUCUGUUCACAUUUUAACUGAUUUUAAACAGAAUCAAGCUUUGAUUCUGAAGGACUCACUGAUAAAGAUGUGUUCUGACAUCUUAUAUUAAGCCCAAAGGUGAAAGGAUGUAGGGUGUGAUGAUUUUCUAGUACCUUGCUUUUAGGUACAUUUCAUGGAAUUUAAGAAGUAUUGGAAAAUAGAAUGAAUUAUAAAAAGUAGAAACUUUUUUUUUUUUAAAUGGAAAAGUCUUCCAGUACAGUAUUACACUUUAUGGUGUGAUCUGUGAAGUUACAGUGUAACUCCUGGUUGCAGAUCUCACAGGGUAACUAAAGUAAACUGUAUGUUAUAUAAGUAUCAAGAGGAGAGCUUCUAUUCUGUUUCAUUUGUUUUAUCUUUUCAACCAUGUCAAAUCACAAGACCAAAGGACAUACUUAAGGAAAGUCUGCUGGUCCACAAAAGUGCUUUGCCUCUGGCUUUACUAAAAGUGGUUACAGGAAGGUGGUUAAAAAAGAAAACUUUUGGAGUGACAAGGAAAGUAAAAGGACUUAAUCUGUCAGUUAGCUAUGUGCACCAGAGCUGGCUCUAAUCUAAAAAUCAGUUGUGUUAGUAAAAGCACUUAUUUUCUUGAAGGAAAUACUAUGUCCUUUAGUGCAUUACAGUCCUUGUCACAAACUAAAAUGCAGCAUAAAUUUAAAAUUCUGAACUUAAAUCACUUCCUUGAAGCAUUAUUAGAGUUUAAAGUGGGUUAGGAGGGCAUGGGGUAUAGCUCAUAGUAGGAUGCAUUCGUAUCAUGUUCAAGGUCCUGAGUUUCGUGUCCAGUAUCCCAUCAUUUCUAAAAAUAAUGUUAUCUUUGUACAUCUUUGCAUGGUAAACAUAUCUGCAGCCUCAUGGCCAAUGCAUUUAGUUGUUCAGUAGCUAGUGAAUCAUUUCAUCCUUAUUCUGAAACAAUACUGACUCAGCCAUUUAUCUUGUUUAUUCAUUUGAAACUUACAAUAUCCAGUAAAUACAAUAAAUAAAAUGCCACAACUAUCCUAUGACCAAGUAUUACUUAAGGAGUGAUGAUCCCAUCUAAAACAGAUGGUUGCAUAGCCUCUAACUUCUAACACAAGAAAAGAGACAAGCAGUAUGAAACUGUUCCUAAUAGUCUUAAUGUAUAAUUUAAAAACUGCCAGCUGGCUUGAUGACUUAACUAGUGACUUAAUUUCUUCCACACUUACUUUGUGGUGUUUAGAUUCAUUUUCCAAAGCAACAAUUAAAUCACCAAAACACUUAAAAACUGUUCAUGCUCGACACUGUUUUGUUGCUUAUAGGACACGCUAAUUUCUAGAAGACAUAGGAAAAUUCCUAAACUUCUAAAUUCUAAUGAAGUAAUUAAAACAGUAACAUGGAAAAAUAAACCCAACAUUAUACCAUUUACAACUAAUUUUAAGAACUCAAAUUAUAAUAAAACCAUGAAAUAAUUCAGAAUCUAAUUGUUAAAAAAGUCCAAGAGAAAGUUUAUGUGUAAGAUUGUCAUGGCAAUACAAGCAAAGUUUAAAUGAAUGACAGAAGAUUUGAGACUAUACAUUGUGCUGUUUUGAGUACACUUUAUUUCAGAAAGUGGUAUUUAGUGAUAUUUACUAUUUUCUAUACUCACGGAAAUCAUGAACAUCUCACUUUUUCUAAGUCAAUUAUUUCAUAAGGAUUUUAUUAAUAGAUAUUGAUAACAGAACUUUGGAAAUCUUAAUUCAGUAUUCUUACUAUACCUAAGGCUUUUGUAAACUAUAGUUUUAUGUACAAUCUUGUACAGUUUUUUUGACAUACAAUUCAGAAUCUUGUUUAUUCUCUUGAACUUUGUUCUGGCCAAUACAUUUUUUUUUAAAUCUUUCAGAAUAACUGUGAUUGUUUUAGUGGGUAUUUUUCUAAGUCAAUGAAAACUUGUAUAAUGGUAUUUUAGAGAAUGCCAGAUAAGUGCAUGUUUCUAGUUACUGUUUUCUCAUCACUUGUAUGUUUAUAAUACAGCAUGGAACUUUAAUAAAACCAUCUGGAAACUUAAA